AUGGCCAAGAUCAAGUCUAUCGAAUACUUCCGGGUAAAGCCCCGCUGGCUUUUCGUCAAGGUUACUGACGAUGAAGGCAAGUUUGGUUGGGGCGAAGGAACCCUCGAAGGUCACUCUCUGGCCGUCGAGGGCGCGUUGGACGAGAUCAUCGUUCGUCUUGUUGGGCUGGAGGCAGAUGACAUUGAGCACAUUUGGCAAUUGAUUUGGCGACUCGGCUUCUACCGCGGUGGCCCUGUCUUCAUGUCUGCAAUGGCCGGAAUUGACAUCGCGCUAUGGGAUCUUAAGGGCCGUCGAUUGGGAGUGCCCGUUUACCAGCUGCUGGGCGGCAAGGUGCGAUCCAAGGUGCAGGUCUACGCCUGGAUUGGAGGUGAUCGACCCAGCGACGUCGAGGCUGCUGCCAAGGCUCGCAUUGCCCAAGGACUCAAGUGUGUCAAGAUGAACGCCACCGAAGACAUCAACUGGCUCGACUCCCCCGCUGCCCUCCAAUCCUGCGUCGACCGUCUGAAGCAAGUCAAGGCCCUGGGCCUAGAUGCUGGACUCGAUUUCCACGGUCGUCUACACCGACCUAUGGCCAAGCAGCUCGCCAAAGCUCUAGAACCCUACCAGCCUCUCUUCAUUGAGGAGCCACUCCUCUGCGAGCACCCCGAGGCUAUUAAGCAGCUCUCAAACUAUACAACCAUCCCAAUUGCUUUUGGAGAACGUCUUUAUACCCGCUGGGACGUAAAGCGCUUCCUCGAAGAUUCCUCUGUCGACGUUCUUCAGCCUGAUAUCGCGCACGCCGGCGGAAUCUCUGAGACAAAGCGGAUUGCGACACUGGCUGAAACUUACGAUGUUGCUAUCGCGCCACACUGCCCUCUUGGUCCUAUCGCCCUUGCGGCAUCAAUGCAGGUGGCCAUUUCCACGCCCAACUUUGUCAUUCAAGAGAUGUCACUGGGUAUGCACUACAAUAUUGAGGCGGGAGAUAUCGAUCUAAAUAGCUAUCUCAUCGAUAAGACGGUAUUUGAUAUCAAGGACGGAUAUGUGGAUGCACUUCAAAAGCCAGGUCUUGGAAUUGAGAUUGAUGAGGAUUUGGUCCGCCGAAUUAGUAAGGAGACUGAGCCCUGGCAGCCAAAGGAGUUCCACGGGCCGGAUGGGUCGAUUCGCGAGUGGUAA